AUGCAUAUGCCAUCGAGCUGGAAUUUUCCAGCAUUGACAGGGUUAUUAACCAUGUCAUAUUUUAUCCAUAAUGCUGUUAUUACAAUCCUUAGGAAUCAGGGAAACCCACAAAAUAACGCUAGAGAUCUUUGUAUUGGAUACGGACUAGUGGCGUUUAGUUACAUUUUCGUAGCUUUUACAUUCUUUGCAGCUUUUCCCUUUAAAAGAAGUUGCAUACGGGACAACUUACUCAACAACUUCCCCGCUGAUUAUCCAUUCAGUGCAGCUGCCCGAGUUCUUAUACUCUUUCAAUUGUUGACUAUAUUGCCUCUUGUGCUGUUCUUUAUUCGUUCACAAAUAUCUUGUGCAAUUUUCAACCAACCAUAUCCAGGUACAGAACCCUUUAGGUUAGUGAAAGUGGUUGCUCUCAAUGCUACUCUCGUCUGCGCUGGAGUUUUGAUCGCAAUAUUUUACCCGAACAUUGGCAGCAUAACAAGGUACUUCGGGUCAUUCUCGGGGAUGAUGUACAUCUACGCUCUGCCAUGUGCC